CUUUAAGAUCAAUCAUGUAACAAAUUCAACUUGACUCUGCUGUCUUUGUUGCUUUCGAAUCAUGCUUGGCUAUAAAUUUAUCAAUUUGUCGCCCGAGCAAGUCGAGAUUCGUCGUCAGCAGCUCGACCGUGAUGGGUUUCUGGCAUGGUUGACUCCCAUCAUCCUGCUGACGGUCAUUUACAUUUAUCGUCGACUAUACAGCUUCAUCUCAUAUUCAGCAAGAGAUCAGAAUCACUCACACAAGUCUGCGACGCCACAUUCCUGGCCCCGAAGGGUAUAUCGACGUGCAGCUUGGAUUCUCAACACCACAUAUGUCUCUGAGUUUGGCCCCCUUCGCGUCCAGAUUCUGGGAUUGUUCUAUGUAGCAUGGCUCAUCUCUCUGGCCGCUCGCCACACUGGAAAUGACUACAUGCACAUCACCAAGGCCUUGGGCCACGUUGCUGUGUCCCAGCUGCCCAUUCACUAUCUUCUGUCCUUCAAGUCGCCAAUGUCGCCCAUUUCCAUCGCUACCGGAGUGUCUCACGAACAGCUCAACCCCUAUCAUCGCCUGCUUGGACGUCUGAUCCACGGCUUUCUAGCCGCGCAUGCUGUCUUAUAUAUCCGAUUCUUCGUCGUGUUGGAUCUGCUUGCCAAACGAAUCCAACAUCGCGAUGUCAGAUUGGGAGUCCUAGCCUUUUGGUCUUUCAACUUUCUUGGUCUGCUCGCAAUCCCACCAAUUAGGCGGAAGCUGUACCAUAAGGUCUUUUACCGGAGUCAUGUCGUUCUGAGCGCCAUUGUCGUCCCUAUUUUGUUCUUCCAUGUCCCUUAUACGAGGAAAUAUGUGGUGCAGGCUGGAGUUCUUUGGUUUGCGAAUGGCCUUGCGCGGAGCAGAGCGAGUAGUGUCAAUGGGCUCACCGUCACAACUCUCCCUGACACGAAUCUCGUCCUUGUCAACCUCACGGUCAACAAAUCUCGAGCGUUUGCCGAAAUCACACCUGGUCAACAUGUGUAUGUUCGAAGGAAAGGUCUGGGCCCAAGAAAUCCAUUCUCAAUUGUGCACACCACCCCCUCCGAGAGUGGUAAAGCGGAGCUGGACGUCAGCCUUGUGCUUCGAGAUCUGCAAGGCCCGCAGACAGCAUAUCUCUCUGGCCUGGCAAGCAAGGGGCUCUUGCCUUCUCUGGAACUUUCCAUUGAAGGACCAUAUGGUGAUUCAAGUCACUACUUACCUAGGCUUAUUAGUUCAUCUCGACAAGGUGAUCGAAGUCAAGUACUGCUAAUUGCGGGUGGCGUGGGAGCCACGUACUCCCUCCCAAUGUACCUCGCUCUGGUGAAAGCACGGCGCUCCACCGAAGGACUCAAACUGAUCUGGUUGGUAAAGUCACAGUCAGAAGCUCAGUGGGGCCUAGAUGUGUUGCAAACGGCCCACGUUUUGGUUGACGUCGAUAUCUAUGUCACAGGACCUUCGCAUAAUGGCAGUUGUAAUAUCAAAGGUGUCACUGUCAACACCGAGGGAUCACGGCCUGAUCUAGCGAGCAUCAUUGACGACAUCAUGGCUUUCAGAUGCUCGUUUGGAAAAGUCACUGUCAUGUUGUGUGGGCCACCUGGACUGUCACGUGUCGUGCGGGCGGCUGUUGGUCGUCAGGUUCUUAGCUAUGGCCGUGAAGUUGAAUGGCAUGAGGAGCAGUUUGGAUUUGGUGGUUCAUGAUGGCCAGACCAGCAACUCGGGGUUAGAAGUUGGGCUCUGAUGAUGAUUCAGAUCCGACAUCUCAUGCCCGCAGCAAGCCAGUCGAUGAUAGAGAAGAUUUGUUGAGCAAACCAAGGCAUGACUGAGCGCCGGCUGGGGAUUGUCCAUCAUAUGCUAGAGACUUCUGGUCCCACCAGUCACAUGUGUCUUCAAACAGAUGGAUGACGCAGAAAGCGAAUCUCAAACCUUCCUGUGUUGGCUGGCACAUUUUGAUCUUCUCCUCAUUCUGCCAAAUCUCACUUGAGUUGCUCGAGUUUCGACAGCAAAUCGAAGAGAACAACCAUUGAUGAUCCCAGCUUCUGAUUGAGUUCACACCCGUACCUACUCUUAUCCUCCAUCGCGAUAUCGGUACACGCAGAGAAAACAACAGCCGGCGACUUUGGGCAUAUCGGCAGGAGGUGGCGGAUUCAACAAGGUGUUCAAAGAACAUGUGUGGGGACGAGGAUGAAUUCGGAGUGAUGUCAUUGGAAACAAAUGAUAGUGGCAGUCGAUGGAACAGGUCUGCCCGAAUACUGUUACCAUGGAUGAUGGUCGUCGUCAUGCUGGCCAUGGCGAGGCGAGUGGCAGGCAAUCCGAUCGAAGUGAUGAGGUGGUCAAUAGGGGAUUCUUCAACGGCUAUUUCGACAUCAGAACAAGCGAUCUCAAUUCGACAAGUCAACAGGAAUGCUAUGGCUUCCCCUGCGCCGCAGAUCUCGGAUACGACCAUCUGGGUUUUCCUGGUUGCGUUCGCGGUGGCCAGCAGUGGCGCGAUCUGGAAUGUCUACGUUCGCAUUGGAAUGAAGCGCGAGGCAGUCAGAGAAGUUGAUAAGCAAUCGGAGCUGGCGAUGAAGGCCGGGAGGUGAGAUUGGGCGGACACAGAGGAUAUGGCUGGCUGGGAGAAUGUUGAUAGGGAGAAGAUGACUGGAAAGUCAGAGCGCAGUAUGUGAAGGGCAGGUCAAGGCAGCAGGCAGCGGCCUCUUCCGUGUAUGGAAGGAAGUAUCGUGAUGCACUUGCCACGUGGGAGGAAGGCAUCGUUCAAUGUCCUGCGUGCCUGCCGUGUAUGCAUUGUCCACGUGUUGUGUCGCCUGUUUCAAAGUCAGGGAAUAGCAGAUGAUCAACCAACGUCCCAUUGUUAAUGACCUGCAAGGGCUCGCUGGAGAUUUUGCAUUACACGC